CGUUAUACCAAUUCACUGUAUAGAAAUCCGUCCUCAAAAAAAUCGAGGCUACAUGAUAGCAUGUUAAAUAGUUAAAUGUGAUCUACGCGCCAAUUUCCUAACUAACGUAACUGUAACAUUGCAAUAUAAUUAGACGGAAAAGAGCUUUCGUUUAGAAUUGUUCAUUAGUUGGAUAUAUUAUUCUUUCAGCAGUUACAGUCAGUUGGAAGCUAAUCGAGCUAAGAAUUUGUACGCAUCUCAUUGGGGGAUAUUUUCCGACGGUAAUUCGAACUGAUAGAUUUUCUCACUACACAACAUUUAAAAGCUGUAGUGCUUUUAAAACAACGUGCUAUUUACAUCAUGUUCCGCCAACUAAAUUAUCCUAAUCUGAGGACUGCAUGAUUGCUAACUGACACCCAUAUUUCUACUUUUUAAAUGUAUAACUGUUGACGCACAAAGUCAGGAAAAAUUUGAAGUUUUUGUGCCAUUUCGCUCAAAUUUCCCCGAAUUUUACCAUAGCGGCUUCCUCAAAAUGGGUCAAAUAUCCCCAAAAUCGGGAGCUUGCGUUGUGUGCGCUUUCUGAGUGUCUAUCUCAUACACAUAUGGAAUUUAUGUAACACAUAUGUAUUUGGUGCUUUCUUAUAUCAGUGUUUAUUUGUUUAAAUAAAUAAAUAGGAGCCUUGAAACAUUUUGUUAAUUAAACUCAACGGUGUGGUAAUCAGUUUUUAGCUAGAUAAUCGAAUCUUUAUGUUGUGUAAAAGCUAAAAUCUACGAGUUCCGAAUUUUUUGACAUACUGGUUUCAUAAUCUUUAUCUCAAUCAUAAAGACGUUGAAAAUGGCUGCAUGUGUGGUAGUAAUUUCUGAUACUAACCAAUUGCUUUACUUGAGAACUGCUGAGUGUCCUGAUCCUUUAUUCUACCACUUUAAAGCACAUUCUGCUUUGGAUGUUAUCGAAGACAAAUUAUCCAAACGUACAACUUCUGGUGGUAAUCACGAUCAGCUAGAACAAUACCUGGGACUCCUAUAUCCAAUGGAGGACCACAGAAUUUAUGGUUAUGUGACUAACACAAAGAUCAAAUUUAUCAUGAUUUUUGAGUCACAUGUUUUGUCUUCUCAAUCAACCCAAUCCAAUGUAUCAGUUCAUCAAACACAUCUUCGAGAUGUUGAUGUUCGAGCAAUGUUUCAACGUUUGCAUACCGCUUAUAUUGCUUUAGUGUGUUCACCAUUUUAUAAGCCAGGAACACCUAUUCAACCAGAUAAAUUAUCAGCUGCAUAUCGAUUUGAUCAAUGCAUUUCUUCACUUUUAGCUACAAAUGCUAGUUCUGGUUAUUGUUCUACAUUUACUAAUCUAAUCGAUGAAAGCAAAACAUCUACGGGUGAUGGUAUAACAACAACAACAAAUAUGAUGUCUCCUAAAGCCUAAUAUUCAUCUGUAUAAUUUUUUACUUUACUUAAUAUAACUUGAACUUUGU